AAGACAGAAACAAACGCGUCUCCGACCCCUCUCUUUCUCGCUCUCUGCCCCUCGGUGUAGUCUGGAGAACAGCAUGCAGCGGCAGUCGCUCGGGUCGCCGGGCGCGAAGCUCCAAAUGAACGGAGUAGCCGGCGGGGGGGACAAGGAGGAGAGGCGGAGGAGCGCCCCUGGAGCGGGAGCGGCGGCGGCGGCGGAGGAGGAGGAGGAGCAGAUCAAGGCGGAGAAGCUGAUCCGAUCGAGCUCCAGGACGGAGAGAUCCAUCCAUCUCAUCCCUCUCCUCACCGUUCUCUGUUUGCUCCUCCUCUACCUCAUCUCCCACGACCCCACACCCAAAGAAUUGGAAAAGCUCGGCGGCGACGCCCGUCUUCUGUUCGACAACGCGGAAUCGGCGACGGAGAUCGGGCGAAAUAUCGGGGCGGGGAUCGGCGGCGUGGCGGCUAUUCGGAGCCAUCGGGGGCUGAAGGAGGCGAGGAAGCUCCGGCACCGGAAGCUAGGCAGGUUGUUCUAAUGGCCGCGCACGUGCGACGGCGCUCGGCAGGCGCUCCGCACGUGAGUGCUCCUAUCGUGGCACGUGGUUGGACCGUGCUGAGGUAGAGGGGGUUUGCUUUGCUGUAUACUUUGUAUGGGCGUCGGUUGCAUUGAUUGGCACUUGCGGUGGAUUAAUUCACUGUUAAUAUGAUAAAUUCUCUAUUAUUUUGGAAAAAGAAAAGAAAAA